GAAAAGGGCAAAAUGGGGAAUAUAGAAAAAAACGAAAUGUAGUUUUGAAAGUGCUACGAGAGAAGAAGGGAGGAGGAAAGGCAAAUGCAAAUACUAAUAUAUAAAACGGCCAUCUCAUCCACAUUUCUCUCUCACCCACCCUACAGACUUCCUCGCCCUUUUUUCUCUAUUCUCUCUACGCUCAAUUUUGUAUUUUAAUCAUUUAUUCCCCCAAAAAGUAUUGAGAAUCGCCAAAAAAAUCUGAAUUGGGAAAAAUUAUUGAAAAAAAAAAAGUUUUAAACAAAAAGAAAGGAGAUCGUGAGCCAGGGAGGCACAGCCGAAGAAGGAGAAUUUAGGGUUUGGAGACUCCGGACAAAUUGGCGUUACCUUUUGUAAUUUCUUCCUUCAUCUUACACCUGUGUCUUUGAGCGCUCUUCUCCUCGUCAUGGUGGCCACCUCUGCUACGUCGUCCUUCUUUCCUGUACCAUCUCCCUCGCUUGAUCCUAAUGGAAAGGGCAACAAGGUUGGCUCCACGAAUUUCGCCGGACUCGGUUCGACACCAAACUCUGGCAGGAUGAAGGUUAAACCGAACGCCCAGGCUCCACCCAAGAUAAAUGGGAAGAAGGUUGGUUUGCCAGGUUCAGUAGAGCUCUUGAAGACUGACACUGAGACCUCACAUCCCGCACCUAGAACCUUCAUCAACCAGCUACCUGACUGGAGCAUGCUUCUUGCUGCCAUCACAACGAUUUUCUUAGCUGCUGAGAAACAGUGGAUGAUGCUUGACUGGAAACCCAGGCGUUCUGACAUGAUUAUGGAUCCUUUCGGUUUGGGGAGAAUCGUUCAGGACGGCCUUGUCUUCCGUCAGAAUUUCUCCAUUAGGUCUUAUGAAAUUGGUGCUGAUCGCUCUGCAUCUAUAGAAACAGUCAUGAAUCAUUUGCAGGAAACGGCCCUCAACCAUGUUAAGUCUGCUGGACUGCUGGGAGAUGGGUUUGGUUCCACCCCUGAGAUGUUUAAGAAGAACCUGAUAUGGGUCGUCACUCGUAUGCAGGUUGUCGUUGAUAAAUAUCCUACUUGGUCCAUGCUCUCGCUUGUUUUUACCAGGGGAGAUGUUGUUGAAGUGGAUACCUGGGUUAGUCAGUCUGGAAAGAAUGGUAUGCGUCGUGAUUGGCUGGUUCGGGAUUGCAAUAGUGGGGAAAUUUUAACGCGAGCAUCAAGUGUGUGGGUGAUGAUGAAUAAACUGACAAGGAGAUUAUCAAAGAUUCCUGAAGAGGUUCGAGGGGAAAUAGAGCCUUAUUUUGUGAAUUCUGAUCCAGUCCUUGCCGAGGACGGCAGAAAGUUAACAAAACUGGAUGACAAGACUGCUGACUAUGUUCGAUCUGGUCUCACUCCGCGAUGGAGUGACCUAGAUGUUAACCAGCAUGUUAACAAUGUGAAGUACAUCGGGUGGAUCCUCGAGAGUGCUCCGGUGGGAAUGAUGGAGAGGCAGAAGCUGAAAAGCAUGACUCUGGAGUACCGGAGGGAGUGCGGGAGAGACAGCGUGCUUCAGUCCCUCACCGCGGUUUCGGGAUGCGAUGUCGGUAAUCUCGGGACAGCGGGGGAGGUUGAAUGUCAGCAUUUGCUCCGACUCCAGGAUGGAGCCGAAGUGGUGAGAGGAAGAACAGAGUGGAGUUGCAAGACACCAACAACGACUUGGGGCACUGCAACGUAAAACACCACAACAUGGGUCCUUUGUAAACUAUACCUCCUCCUCCUCCUCCUCCUCCUGCUGCUGCUGCUAUCUGCUAUCUGCUUGCAACUCCCCACCACCAUUUCGUUUCCUCUCAAAAGUUUGGGCCACCUUUGUAUAUUUCUUCUUCUUCCUCUUCUUUUUGUUUUUUAUUUUCCUUCGAUGGAGAUUUAUUAUAUUUAUUUAAUCUUUCUAUUUAAUUUUUGUUUCUAAUGGGAAAUGGGUGUCGUCUCUCAUUACGAUUGUGUUAUUAUGUAACCAUGUGCCCAGCGCCAGACAAGGCAAUAACUUUCUUCUUAUCCCUAAAUUUAUUGUAUUUUCCUUUAAUUUUGUAGCUGUUUCCAGCCAAACAAACACAUGGACGAAUGUACUUGUAAAGAGUUUGAUGCCUUGUAUCUGUCAUGUCAAAAUUAUUGAACGGCUAUUAAAUAGACACGAGCAACUUUA